ACUAUUACAAAUGAUUGAAACAAUUUAUGUAUAUAAGCAAGAAAAAGGAAUAAUAUAAGGUAGGUCUCUCUCCUUUCUUUCCAUUAGGUUAAAUUUACCAAAAAAAAAAAAAAAAUGCCUGAACUCCUAAAAAGUAUCGUCACUGUCAUUGAUCUUUUCUACCAAUAUGCCACCCGGGAUGGGGAGUGUGACAUGUUGAACAAGGCAGAACUGAAAGAACUUUUGGAAAAUGAGUUUCAUCAAAUUCUGAAGAAUCCAGAUGAUCCAGACACUGUAGGUAUCAUCAUGCAAAAUCUGGAUCAAGACCGUGACAAGAAAGUGGACUUUAUUGAGUAUCUUCUGAUGAUAUUUAAACUGGCUCAGGCUUGUAAUAAAAUCAUCAGUAAAGAUUACUGCCAAGCUUCAGGGUCAAAGCAGAGAGACCACAAUCACCAGCACCAAGAGGAAGAAAGUGAAACAAAAGAGGAGGACAAAAGGCAAGGUCAUUCAAGGUCAAGUACAGGAGAGAAUGAUUCCAGGGGCUCCAGAAGAAGCAAUAAACACAGGCCUGGGUCCAGCUCCAGAAGAAUGGACCAUCAAGGAGGCUUGUCAAGUUCAGAGCACAGGCAAAGCUCUGGGGAAAGAAGAAGAGAGUCAAGUUCAGGCCACUUCAAAGAGAGUAAGAAAAACAGGCAUGGCUCUUAUGAACAAGAGAGGUCUGAGAGUCAUUCUUCUGGUCAGAGGCAACAUAGAACCAAUAAAGGUGGUCAAUCUGGACUUAGUAGACAACGAAAACAGUCUACAAGCAAUGAGGGAUAUGGGUCUGAAUCAGGCCAGUCCAUAAGCAAUGGCAAAAAUCAGUCAAACUCCUAUGAGUCCUCUACUCAGAGAAAACAUAGUAGCAGCUCUACUCAUCAGUCAGGAGGUUAUGGAAGACAAAAUCAUGGCUCUGUGUCAGGCCAGUCCUCUAAUUAUGGAAAAUAUGGACCUGGUUUUAAUCAGUCUUCUAAUCAGAAAUACCAUGAAUCUAGCUCAGGAUCCAGUUUAGGUGAAUCAUCAAGCUGUCGACAACAAGGAUUUGGAUCAGGUCAGUCCUCUGGCUAUGAACAACAUAGAUCUGGCUCAGGUCAAUCUUCUGGCUUUGGGCAACAUGGAUCUGGUUUAGGUCAAUCUUCUAGUUAUAGACAAAAUAGUUCUACUUCAGGAUGUUCAUCAAGCUGUGGACACUAUGGAUCUGGCUCAAGUCAAUCUUCUAGCCAUAGCCAACACUGGUCCAGCUCAGGAGAGUCUUCUCACUAUGGACGACAUAGUUCUGGCUCAAGUCAAUAUUCUGGCCACAGCCAACAUGGGUCUGGCUCAAGAGAAUCUUCUAGCAAUGGACAACAUAGGUCUGGCUCAAGUCCAUCUUUUAGCCCCAGCCGACAUGGAUUGGGAACAGGCCAGUCCUCUGGCUUUGGGCAACAUGGGUCAGGAUCAGGUCAGUCUUCUAGCCAUAGCCAACACAGGUCUGAAUCAGGCCAGUCUUCUGGCUAUGGACGACAUAGAUCUGGCUUAGGUCAGUCAUCUACAUAUGGUCAUCAAGGGUCUGGAUCAGGUCAGUCUUCUGGCUUUGGGCAACAUGAGUCUAGCUCAGGAGAGUCUUCUGGCACUGAGCAUAGAUCUGGCUUAGGUCAAUCAUCCAGCUCUGGACAGCAUAAAUCUGGAUAUGGUCAAUCAUCUAGCUAUGGACAACAUGGUUCUACUUUGGGGCAGUCAUCAAGCUGUGGUCAACAUGGAUCUGGAUCAGGACAAUCCUCUAGCUAUGGCCAACAUAGGUCUGGCUCAGGCCAGUCUUCUGGCUAUGAUCAACACAGAUCUGGCUCUGGUCAGUCUUCUGAAUAUGGUCAUCAUAGAUCUGGAUCAAGUCAAUCUUCUGGUUUUGGACAACAUGGGUCUAGCUCAGGUCAUUCUUAUGGCUUUGGGAAACAUGGGUCUAGCUCAGGUCAGUCUUAUGGCUUUGGGCAACAUGAGUCUAGCUCAGGAGAGUCCUCUGGCACUGAACAUGGAUCUAGCUUAAGUCACUCAUCAAACUCUGGACAGCCUGAAUCUGGAUACAGUCAAUCUUCUAGCUAUGGACAACAUGGUUCUGCUUCUGGACAACAGUCAUCAAGCUGUGGUCAACAUGAAUCUGGAUCAGGCCAGUCUUCUGGCUAUGGCCAACACAGAGCUACCUCAGGUCAGUCCUCUAGAUAUGGUUAUCAUGAGUCUGGAUCAGGUCAGUCUUCUGGCUUUGGCCAACAUUGGUCUGGAUCCAGCCAUCAUUCUAGCUAUGGCCAGCCUGGGUCUGAAUCAGGCCAGUCUUCUGGCUAUGGUCAGCAUGGGUCUGGCUCAGGACAGUCUUCUGGCCAUGGUCAGUAUGGUUCUGGCUCAGGUCAAUCCUCUACCUAUGGACAAUAUGGUUCUGCUUCAGGACAGACAUCAAACUGUGAUCAACAUGAAUCUGGAUCAGGCCAGUCUUCUGGCUAUGGGCAACAGAGAUGGGGCUCAGGUGAGUUCUCUAGAAAUGGUUAUCAUGAGUCUGGUUCAGGUCAGUCUGCUGGCUAUGGCCAACAUGGGUCUGGAUCCAGUCAGUCUUCUAGUUAUGCCCGACAUGGGUCUGGAUCAGCUCAGCCUUCUGGAUUUGGGCAACAUGGGUCUGGCUCAGGUCAGUCUUCUAGCUAUGGUUACCAUAGGUCUCAAUCAGGACAGUGUUCUGGCCAUGGUCAGUAUGGUUCUGGCUCAAGUCAAUCCUCUAGCUAUGGACAAUAUGGUUCUGCUUCAGGACAGACAUCAAGCUGUGGUCAACAUGAAUCUGGAUCAGGCCAGUCUUCUGGAUAUGGACAACAGAGGUCAGGCUCUGGUCAGUCCUCUUUGUAUGGUCAUCAUGGGUCUGGAUCAGGUCAGUCUUCUGGCUUUGGGCAACAUGGGUCUGGAUCCACUCAGUCUUCUAGUUAUGGCCAACAUGGGUCUGGAUCAGGCCAGUCUUCUGGCUAUGGCCAACAUGGGUCUGGAUCAAAUCAGUCUUCUAGUUAUGGCCAUCAUGGGUCUGGAUCAGCUCAGUAUUCUGGUUUUGGGCAACAUGGGUCUGGAUCCAGCCAGUCUUCUAGUUAUGGCCAACAUGCAUCUGGAUCAGGUCAGUCUUCUGGCUUUGGACAACAUGAGUCUGGAUCCAGUCAGUAUCCUAGCUAUGGCCAGCAUGGGUCUGGAUCAGCCGGCUGGGGAACCCUCACGGUCGAGCGGGCGGAAGCCGGGACCGGACCUUCCCCGAAGCGCGAGGUGAAGGGGGUACUUCACCUCGGCCAGCGCAGGAUGCGGAGCCGGCGCCCAGCCGCCCCACACGCGCCGCAGGAACGACCCGCGCGCAGCCCCGCCUUACCUCCACGGAGGGGUGAGGGGUACUCGGCUCUGCGAAACCGGAGCGCUCGGCUGCCCCCUGGCGGGUAA